AUGGAGCGGCCGCCAACUUCCAGAGGCUUAUUAGACACGCAGUUACAUCCUCACCAGGCCUUCGCUGCUUAUGACAUUGUAAUACACAGUGAGGACUGGGAGGACCACCUCCGCCAGCUGCGCUCUGUGCUAGCCAGCCUGGAGGUGGACGGCCUGACAGCUAACCCAAAGAAGUGCCACCUGGGACUGAACGAGGCUGAAUACCUUGGUUACACCAUUGGCAGUGGUCUGAUCAAACCACAAGUGGAGAGGACCCGGGCCAUCCGGGAGUGGCUGCUGCCCUGGGACAAGAAGGGAGUCCGCUCCUUCCUGGGCCUAACGGGUUACUACAGAUGGUUCAUCCCAAACUACAACACCAUUUCCACCCCACUGACCAACAUGACAAAGAAGAGAAACCCGUUAAGAAGAACCGGCUUCAACAUUGAGUGUCUUCCACUGCCGAGGAGAGAGCACCACCAGUGGGCCUUGUUUCACGAGGAGUCGCCCAAGUUCUUCCACGAGCCCGUCAUCACCCUCUUUAACCACACGGCCACCUUCAGCCAGUACUCCCAGCUGCCCCUCACCUCCCAGCACCUGGAGAACCUGGAGGUCCUGACCUCCCAGACCUACCUGGUGUCCCUCAACCAGAAGAACGAGCUGAGGAAAACACUAGCCCCGGUGGUGUACGUCCAGUCAGACUGCGACCCUCCGUCGGACCGGGAUGCCUAUGUGAGUGAGUUAAUGAAGCACAUCAGGGUUGAUUCCUAUGGACAAUGCCUCCACAACAAAGACCUGCCUUCCCAUCUGAGGGACUCGAUUGCCAUGGAGGAGCAGGCCUUCUACCAGAUCCUGGCCCAGUACAAAUUCAUUCUGGCCUUUGAGAACGCCGUCUGUGACGACUACAUCACCGAGAAACUAUGGAGGCCUCUCAAGCUUGGGGUGGUUCCUGUGUAUUACAGUGCUCCCAAGGUUCAGCAAUGGCUGCCGAGCAGCAGUAGUGCGGUUGUAGUCUUCCCAGACGAGCCCCCUGAAAAACUGUCUCUGUCUCUAAAGAGGUUAGCUGAGGACGACGGGGAGUUUGACAAUAUGAUUAGUUUGACAGAACUUGUUCCUAAAGCCUGGCAAGCAGAGGGAAACCACCUAAAGUGUCCGCUUCCGAGGGUAUUUGACUUUGCUUCAGGCCCUAGAAAGCGGACAUCUUUGAGAGGAAUUUGGACGGCCAGUUACGAGCAGUCAAAGAAAGAGGCUAGGGCAUUGCAUUACUUGGCUGAGAGGAACAGGAAUUUCCCUGUGGUGCAGUACUGGAAGGAAGUAUUCACUGACUCAAACACUACUACAACUAAAACACUGUAAUUCACAUAGAAAUAUCCUUUGCUGAAAUACAGUAUAA